AUGUUCACAAAUAAAGUUGUAAUUAUCACUGGAGCAAGCUCCGGCAUUGGUGCUGAAACAGCUAUUGAGUUCUCUAAACUUGGAGGUAAUGUUGUAAUAACAGGAAGGAAUAAAGAUAAUUUAGAAAAAGUGGCUGCAUCAUGUCAGCAAGCUUCACCAGAAAACUUGCAACCUCUUAUAGUUAUAUCUGACAUGAAUAAAGAAGAUGAUGUGGAGAAUAUCAUAAACAAAACAAUUGAAAAAUUCAGUAAGCUGGAUGUGCUCGUGAAUAAUGCUGGUGUUUUGGAAUCUGGAACGAUAGAAACAACAUCGUUGGACCAAUAUGAUAGAGUAAUGAAUACAAAUGUCCGAGGUCCAUAUUACAUCACAAUGUUGGCUACAUCAUAUCUUAUUAAAAGUAAGGGAUGUAUCGUAAAUGUUUCUAGUGUGACAGGCAUGAGAUCAUUUCCUAAUGUCUUAGCAUAUUGUAUGUCUAAGGCAGCUUUAGAUCAGUUUACAAGAUGUGUCGCGUUAGAAUUAGGUGGGAAAGGUGUGCGUGUCAACUCAGUUAAUCCUGGCGUUAUAACGACUGGCCUGCAUAAAAAAGGUGGUAUGGACGAUAGUGAUUAUGAGGAUUUCCUGAAAAAAUGUGCAGCAACACAUGCUUUGGGUAGACCUGGCGAUGCGUCAGAAGUAUCCUCUGUCAUUGUAUUUUUGGCUAGUGAAGCUGCUAGUAAUAUUACUGGAGCAACUUUACCGGUUGAUGGGGGACGCCAUGCUAUGUGCCCACGUUAA